AUGGAAAAUACAAAAUUCGAAGAAUCUUUGAAAAAUGCAGCCUCAAUUAAUGGUUAUUUAAAAAGAUUAUUGCCACAUGAAUUAGAGCUGUAUCAAAAUGGACAAUUAUUGAAUAUUACACAUGAGGGUUCAUCAUCAAUUUGGCUAGAAGCAUAUUCAUCAACUCCACCUGAUGGAAAAAUCAAUGUAUACAGACCAAUGGGUGACAAUGAAAUUCUUUAUUUACUAGAAAAUAAUCAACUUCCGGCAAGUCAACCAUAUCAAGCAAUUAUCGAAGGCGAAAAUGGGCGAAUAUACGCAAAUAAAUAUUUGAAUGGAAAUAAAUGGACAAAUUCCAAUCCAACGACAAUUGUAGAAUUUACUGUUCCUAUUGAUUUAAUGGAAUUAUUGAAAGAAAAACAAAUGAAGAUUGAAGAUGGUGCUUUAUCUGUCGGAUUAGGUUGCAAAGCUGGAAAAGGUCUUCCGUUAUUUAACGAAAGAAUUCGUGAUGGUCUUAUUACAUAUCGCAUUGUUAAAAUUAAACGAAGUAAAAAGAAAUAA